AAGAAAUCGAGAAACUCCACCACGUCCACUAAACUCUUUUAUGAUAUACAGAAAAGAAUAUCAAAUAAGGAUCAAACAAGAUAAUCCAAGCAUUUUACUCUCGGAACUUUCACGCAUUUCAAAAUCUGCUGCUGAUAAUUGGGCAAAUGAACCACAACACGUCAAACAAAUUUAUGCAGAAAAGGCGAGAGCUGAGAAAGAAAAACACAUGAGAUUAUAUCCCAACUACGUAUAUUGUCCAAGAAGGCCAUCAAGAACUAAACAAAGAAAGAAAUCUUCUAGUAAUAACUCUGAAGAAGAAAAUUCGACAUUGUCAUCGUCCACAACAACCUCUUCGAUCUUGGAAAAAAUCAUGUAG